ACGUUGAAAGUAGCUUUAAUUUCGUGACCCUGUACUGGCCACAUAUUUUCCUUAACUGACAUGUCACUUGGUUCGAGCGUGUCAGCAUGUUCGUGAUCAUCCUGAACUGUGUCACGCUGGGCAUGUACCAGCCUUGUAACGACGAGUGUGACACAUUCCGAUGCAAGCUCCUGGAGAACUUUGAUCACUUUAUCUUUGCCUUCUUCGCUGUCGAGAUGGGAAUCAAGAUGAUAGCCAUGGGCGUGGCCGGGAAAGACACCUACCUGGCGGACUCCUGGAAUCGGUUGGAUUGUUUUAUCGUCGUGGCCGGAUUGGCGGAAUAUAUUGUGAACAAGACUAUAGAAUACUCAGUGAAUACGGAAAAUUUGAGUUUGUCAGCCAUCCGGACAGUUCGUGUUUUACGUCCUUUGAGAGCUAUAAAUAGAAUUCCAAGUAUGCGUAUUCUAGUGAUGCUGCUUCUAGACACACUUCCAAUGUUGGGAAAUGUCCUGUUACUUUGUUUCUUUGUUUUCUUCAUCUUCGGCAUCAUCGGAGUCCAGUUGUGGUCCGGUGUGCUACGGCGACGUUGUUUUCUUGAGCUCCCUGAGAAUGUUUCCGUUCCUGCAUUUGUCCCCCUUUAUUACAUCAAAUCGCCUAAAAUAGAAUACAUCUGUAGUCCAUUCAACGAGUCCGGGAUCAGCAAGUGUCAAGAUUUUCCUCCCUUCCACUACGAAGGGAUCGCAUGUAAUGCCACUGCCAGAAACGACAGCGACAAUGUACCCAUGAACGGAUCGUCCUGUGUCAACUGGAACCAGUAUUACACAAGCUGCGAAGAACGUGGAGAAAAUCCUUAUCAAGGGGCAGUCUCGUUUGACAAUAUAGGACUGGCAUGGGUGGCCAUAUUUCAAGUCAUCAGUUUAGAAAGUUGGGUGAAUAUUAUGUACUUUGUACAGGAUGCCCAUUCCUUCUGGGAUUGGAUUUAUUUUGUAGCUUUGAUUGUUAUUGGCUCAUUUUUUAUGAUCAAUUUAUGCCUUGUUGUGAUUGCGACCCAGUUUUCUGAGACAAAGAAACGAGAGACAGAGAGAAUGUUGCAAGAGCGCAAACGAUUUCAGUCUUGCAGUACUCUGGCUAGCAAUUCUGAGCCUGCAGGAUGCUACACAGAACUGCUUAAGCUCAUAGCUCAGAUGUACAGAAGAGUUAAGAGAAAACUUAUCAAAACCUAUUACAAAACCAGGGGAAUGCAAAAAAUUAAUCCUGAGAAGUCUUUGUCUCUGAGGCGGAAAAAGUCCAAAAAGAAAGGUACAAAUAUCCAAAAGUCUCUACAGCAGCGCUUUUCUAUUGUCCAUCCUCACACUUCUUCUCAUCCAGCCACUGUCCAUCAUCAUCAACACAUGCACUUAGUUCCCUCCCACUCUCCACAACCCCAGCAUCCAGUUCACCAUAUCAGUCUGGUUACUCCAGACAUACGGUACCAAAGCCCACCAAGACCCUCUAGCACCCCCCAGGCACCGAGGGCAAGCCCUGAGCAGUCGGACAUCGACUCUAUGUCAUCUCCUAGAAGGCCGAAUUACCUCGUUCUCCCCAGCAGCAAUUACAGCUUGAACCCGUCUUCAGAAUCUCUGGCUGUGUCACACCUGUCCAUUGACCCAUUCACGCCUGUGCUGUUUAAGUCUCAGCAGAAUUCUCCUAAUCACCUGACAGCCAACAUAGGCUUUGCACUUCCCCUUUGGUUUAGCCGGGCUUCCUCUUACAGCAGUGGGGCCAGUGGUCCGGGAAAGAUCCUGCCAUCUCUACCGGAGGUCCUGGCCGCCCAGGGGGCUAAAAAUGCAGUGUUAGCAGCCUCUAAUAUGCUGCUUAAUGUGGAUUUAGAGCCUAGCAAAACUCAGUCCAUAGCAGACAAAGGUCUCUUUGCUGAUAAUCUUCUGAUGGAUAUUGUAGGUGAUAAGCAUCUAACAACUCAAAUGUCUAUGCAGAGUGACCCAGAAGUACUGCAGCUUGGGUCAGGUCAAUCUCAGGUUGAUCAAGACAUAGCCAGUUGUGCAGGAAGUGGUGUAUUGUGCGCUGGGGACAAGGAGGUAUCAGGCCCUCAUAGCACAUCAUCCUUUAAUCCCACAGCCAUAAUCAUUGCUGGGGGUGAUGUGGCUGACUCAGAGCUGGACAUCAGUAAAGAUGAUUCGGGAGUAUCCUUCAGAUCAAGUAAUCUAUGUGAGUUGCUCAAUGGUAUGCAGAAAAGACUAAAAUAUUUUGUUGAGAGCAAUUUUUUCCAAAGAAGUAUACUUGUAGCAAUUCUUCUGAACACGCUUAGCAUGGGAGUUGAAUAUCACAAUCAGCCUGAAGAGUUAACUAUUGUGUUGGAAUACAGCAAUAUUGUGUUUUGUGUUAUGUUUGGCACUGAGAUGACAUUCAAGAUCUUUGCUUAUGGAUUAUUUGGUUACAUCAGUAAUGGUUUUAAUGUCUUCGAUGGUUUUAUUGUGAUACUCAGUAUUGUUGAAUUGGCCCAGCCAGGUGAGAAUGGGGCCAGUGGUCUAUCUGUACUUCGAACAUUCCGUCUUUUGAGAAUUCUAAAAUUGGUACGCUUUAUGCCCGCCUUAAGGAGACAGCUGGUGGUCAUGCUACGCACCAUGGACAAUGUAGCAACAUUUUUUGCUCUGUUAGUUUUAUUUAUGUUUAUAUUCAGUAUUCUGGGAAUGAACCUAUUUGGGGGCUCAUUCUGUGAGAUGGAAGAUGGGACCGCUUGCUCCUGCAAGGAGCGUUGUAAUGCUUCAUUAUGCAAGUGUGACCGUGCCAAUUUUGACAAUCUCUUAUGGUCAUUGGUAACUGUAUUUCAGGUGUUGACACAAGAAGACUGGAAUACAGUCCUCUACAAUGGCAUGGCCAAAACAUCAACCUGGGCUUCUCUGUACUUUGUCGCCCUCAUGACAUUCGGAAACUAUGUGUUGUUUAAUCUUCUAGUCGCCAUCUUAGUAGAGGGUUUUUCCACAGAGGAUGAAGAAAAGAAAAAGGAGAAAAUAAAAGAGACUGAUGCAGCUGACAAAGAUGAAGAAGAUGAAGAAGAAAAAGAGAAGCAGCGUCUGGCUGAAAAUAACAACAUAGAUGAUGUUCAAAGUACAAAAAGCUGCCUUAACUCUGUCGAUUUGGAUGUCAAAAAUAACAAAGAAAAAGAAAAAAAAAUGUUAGCCCUGCCCCCAUCCUCUGCCCCAAUAAUCAAAACUGAGAGUCCACCUCCUAACCAUGGUUUCACAUCCAGUGAUGGCCCACUAAACCCUCCCCUCAUAACCCAUACAGCUGCCACGCCCAUGGCAACUCCACAAGGAUCACCAAAUGAAAAUGCCAUUAAAGAUACCAACAAUAAACUGUCUGUGUCUGUCAAAAGGAGUGCCUUGAAAUCAACCCUGUCUGUGGACAGCGAUAAGUCUCCAAGCUUUCGUGGAGGAUCACCUAGACCAUCUCCUUGUCUCCGUCGAACAAACAGUAGGGGUAGUCAUCAUCAGAGGAGUGCCAGCUGGCGAGCCAGAAAUCGUCGCCUUCGAGGUGACAAAACCAGUCUUGUGGUUGACAGCUUGUCAGACAGUGCAGAUGAUGUUGAAGAUGAUGUGUUCUCCUCCAGUCACUCUCAGUCUCCAACAUAUUCUGCUGGUACACCUAGGACACCAAGUGUCAACACUCAUGGACAUGCAGUAACAUAUGUUUUCAGUGACUGCAAUGGCCACCCUCCACUUAAUAACCAACGAGCAUUGAGUCCACAGAGUUCAUUGAAAGGAAGAGCAUUAACUCCUCGCAACUCUUUCAAAAGUCAUCACACUUGGAGCAGAAACAAUUCAGUUGGCAGUGGUAGAAGCAUAUGUAAUUCUUUUGAGCUUAGUAGACAAAAUUCUUUUACAAGUCAUCGCACAGUCAACUCUCUAGGAAGUGGAAAUUCAAAAGAUGAUAAAUCCAAUAAAAAUUAUGUAGACCUUCCAGAUGUGAAGAUAGCACUUGAUAAAGAAGAGGGAAGAGAAAAUGAAGCUGAUGAGGCAGACCCUGAUGCUAUAGAUGAAACUGAAUGGAACUGUUCAUGGUGCCCUGAACCUAGAGGUUGUUUCCUGGAAAGGCAUGAAUAUGCAUUCUAUCUAUUAUCCAAUGAAAAUAGCUUGAGAAAACUUGCUCAUCACCUUAUUUCAAGAAAAUGGUUCGACAACACUGUUCUCAUCUUCAUUGCUCUAAACUGUAUCACUCUUGCGAUGGAACGUCCUGACAUUCCACCUGAAAGUGUUGAGAGGCAUUUCCUAAUUUACACAAACUAUGUAUUCACUUUUGUGUUUACCAUUGAAAUGUUGAUUAAAGUAACUGCCAAAGGUUUUUUUAUUGGGAAGCAUGCCUAUUUCAAGAGUGGUUGGAAUGUGAUGGAUGGAUUCCUGGUCAUUAUAUCUCUUAUUGAUAUCUUCAUCUCAAUAACAGCUUCCUCAAGUCCCAAAAUAUUUGGCAUUCUUAGAGUCUUUAGACUUUUGAGGACUCUAAGACCUUUAAGAGUUAUAAGCAGAGCUCCUGGCUUAAAAUUAGUUGUACAGACAUUACUUUCUUCUCUCCGUCCCAUUGGCAACAUUGUACUCAUCUGUUGUACAUUCUUCAUCAUUUUUGGCAUUCUGGGUGUGCAGCUCUUUAAAGGAACAUUUUACUAUUGUAGAGGCCUAAAUGUUACACAUGUAACGAACCGAAACCAGUGUUUAGAAGAUAAAAAAAAUGAAUGGGUGAAUCAAAAGUAUAACUUUGACAAUCUCGGCCAGGCUUUGAUGGCAUUAUUUGUGCUUGCAUCAAAGGAUGGUUGGGUGCAGAUUAUGUAUACUGGCUUAGAUGCUGUUGGUGUUGAUAAGCAGCCUAUAGAAAACUACAAUGAAUGGCGUCUCAUCUACUUCAUUUCUUUCCUUCUGCUUGUGGCAUUCUUUGUCCUGAACAUGUUUGUUGGAGUUGUAGUGGAGAACUUUCACAAAUGCAGGGAGUCCCAAGAGAUUGAAGAGCGGGCCAAGAGGGCAGCUAAACGACAAGAAAAAUUGGAUAAAAAACGAAAGAGUGAGGCCCCUAAGGCUUUGUCUGAAAUGAGAGAGCCGCCUUACUGGGCAAACUAUUCACACAGCCGUCUUCUGAUUCACACAGUAAUCAAUAGCAAAUAUUUUGAUUUGGCAAUAGCAGCAGUUAUUGGUCUCAAUGUUAUUACUAUGGCCAUGGAAUAUCAUACAAUGCCUGAGGAACUGACCUUUGCUUUGAAGAUCUUCAAUUUCUUCUUCACCAGUGUUUUUAUUUUGGAAUCUGUCAUGAAGAUAAUUGCACUUGGAUUUUUAAGAUAUAUCAAAGACAGGUGGAACCAGCUUGACAUUUUAAUUGUUAUUCUGUCUGUUGUUGGUAUUGUCCUGGAAGAAAUGAGAACCACUUUUAUCCCUAUCAACCCAACUAUCAUUCGAGUUAUGAGGGUUCUCAGAAUAGCUAGAGUUCUCAAACUGUUAAAAAUGGCUAAGGGCAUCAGGGCACUGCUGGAUACUGUGAUACAAGCACUACCUCAAGUGGGGAACCUUGGCCUUUUGUUUUUCCUGCUGUUUUUUAUCUUUGCUGCAUUAGGUGUCGAGUUGUUUGGAAGACUUGAUUGUGACAGGGAACCAUGUGAAGGUCUUGGAAAACAUGCACACUUUAAGAACUUUGGUAUGGCUUUCCUGACACUGUUUAGAGUGGCCACUGGGGACAAUUGGAAUGGUAUCAUGAAAGAUACAUUAAGAGAAAAGUGUGAUCGAAGUGAUAACUGUCUGAAGGACUGUUGUGUGAGUCCCCUCAUUGCUCCAGUGUACUUUGUGGUCUUUGUGCUCAUGGCCCAGUUUGUACUGGUCAAUGUUGUGGUGGCUGUGCUUAUGAAACAUUUGGAGGAAACCUAUAAGUACAAAGAAUUGGAUGAUGAACUAGAAGAUGAGCUCAGAGCAGAGAUGUGUGCUCUAGCCUUGGCGGGUAAGGCAGGACCAGAUGGCAUUGAAAUCAAGGAAUCACAUCGAAUGAUGGAUGAUGAUACAAUAUUAUUGAGAGAUGCCUUGAUUACCAUCACUAAAGCGGCAGAUAACCCAGAUAGUAAAGAGAGUGGGCUAGAGGAGGAUAACUUAGGAGGAUUAAAUGUCAGCACAUUGCCCAGCUUUACCUUCUCUGUUCGACCUCCUAGUGAAGAGCAGUCCAGAUCAGAGGAUGCUGCCACAGGUGUGUCACCAGUGAAUGCAUCCUUGACCAUAGAAGGUAUGGGGUCUUCCUGGUCUUCAAUGGACAGCAAUCGCUUGGCUGUAACACCUAGCAUGACUGGUAGCUCACCAAGCUCAGAGCGGAGUGUGCGUAUCUCCUCGCCACCGAUUAAACGAGCCCACAGUCCUUAUCUCUUAAAUCUACAAGGGUCCAGUGGAUCACUUCAACGAAGGCCCCUUGUGAAACAGUACAGUAUGGAUGUUGGCUCUGAUCCUCAACUAAACAACAUGAACUCCAGCAUGCCUGAUGUUUGGGAUAAAUUUUCAGACACUCAAAAAGCUGUCAGUAAGCCUGAGAGUGGUAUUUUCAGGUCCCAGCCAUCACUGAAGGAUACAAAAAUGGGCUCUUUAGAAGGCAAGUCUGGUGGAUCACUAGACUUAAAGGAAGGAGUUUUGCCUGGAGAAUGUCUGCCAGCAAGAGAUAGAAUAAAGCAUAAACUACUCAGAAGCAGGAGCAGUGGCGCUAAAUAUAGCAGGUUCAGAGAUAAGUACAAGCAAAGCAAUCUAAAUAAGGUAGUUCACCAGGCUAGUUCAGAUGUUGCCUCUAAAGAACUACUGAAAAGGUCUAACCUAACUGGCAGCAAUGAAACAGGCUCAGAUGUUGAUGAAUCUUUGUGUAGUGAUUGGGGGAGUGAAGAAGCUGCAUGUGACUUGGAAGUCAAAAUGAUCACCGGAGGAGCUGAGGAUGAUGACGAUGAUAUUCACCCUACACUUUCUCCUUACCUCUCAGAGGACAGGGACAGCAGUCAGUUAGUCACAUGCAGAACUGUAGUGGAUUCUGCUGCAUCUAGCAACAUGUCAACUCCUCGGGGGGAUAGUAGGGUAAUAAAAGCACCUUAUCCAAAAUGUAAAAGUCCUUUGCCACCGACAAUUCAAAGCCCAAGGAACAACCCUGGCAUUGACAACACUAGCUUUGAGUUUGGGGAAGAUGUUCGCAUACCUCCUUGUUGUAAAGCCAGGGAGACAGUGGCUGUUAAGCGCAGUAAUUCCUUUAGUUCUUCUAAGCUGGUACCUAAAGCAUUUAGUCCUCCAAGGACAAUAUCUCCUCGGUCAGAUAGGUCACUAAGCCCCUAUAGCUUCAGAGAACAUACAACAUCAGUUUCACCUCUAGCACUUCCUCCAUCACCACUAGCAUUAGAAGACAGUGCCUACAAGUUGAGGAACAUUGAUGGUGGUGUCAGUCCACUGCCUUUUGCACAUUCUCAUAUGCUGACAGUUCCAUCACCACACUCUCUUUAUCCUAACCCACAUAUACGCUCACCUUCCCCUACGCCUCCCAAGUAUGUUCAUCUUCUUCCUCCAUCUGCUGACUGUUCCUAUGGUGGCAAUAGGCAGUCAAAAGGCUCUCCAGCUCCUGUUCGACGACAGCAAACAUUUUCGCGCUCAUCAGCUGUGGAUCAGGAAUCUUUUAUCCCAGCAGCUAUGUCCCCACUGAGACGCCGCAUUCCUCACACUCUUUCCAUGGACAGUGCUUUUUUGAUACCACCCGGAAUUUCACAGUCCUACUCUAUCAAUGAUCCUUAUGUGGAACUGCAUGCUGGCUGUAGGGCCACUUCACCCCUGCCUUCACCAAGAAACUCCCAACAGACUUUACCUGGCAUGUUUACAAGAUCAGCAUCUCCUCAACCGCCUCAACAGCCUUCACGGUCAUGCCACCACUUGCUGACACAGCAAGAUGGCUCUGUCCUCUACCCCAGUGUUUCUGUUAUAUCUACAUCCCCAGACUCUGAUCAGAACAAUAUGUCACUCAUUGUACCAGCAGGUAAUGCAAACUCAAUUGACAGCACAGCUUCAGACAAGCGUGAGACUAACUUCUCCAACACAGUGUUACACAAUGAUGACAAUAAACAAGCCUUAGAUGAUGAAGGUACAAUGAAGGACAGUCAAAAUGAAGAUAAAUAUGUAGACAAAUCAUUAUGAUUUUUUAAUCCUUAUAUUAAAAACCAAUGCAAUUAUUUCAUUUGAAUACCUAUUGUUUACUUAUGCUAACUGCAGUGUAAUUUAUAUAUUUUGUACAUAAAUUUUGUUACUGUUUGUGACUACAACUAUUGUAUUAUUGAUCUUUGGUACACUUUAUUUCUUACCAUUUGUUUGUUCUUUAAUUAUAGAUUUAGUCACAAACAUCUUUCAUAAUAAUCUUCCUAAUUUUGAAAUCCAUGUGUACAUCUAUAAAAUACCAUUGUCAUGCAAAAAAAAAAAAAUACAACUAAUAAUUCAUUAUUCUUUAAAUAUAGCCCUACAAAUUGUAUUUUACACUAGCAUGUUGAUCAUGCUACAACAUUUCUGUAUUCUUUCAGCUGAAUUCCUUAAAGUAGAUCUUAUUUUCAGAUUGUUUAUUACUUAUUUAUACAUGCCAGUUAAUGUCAACAUUAUUUGUAUUAUAUUGUCAUUCCCCAUAUAAAAAAAAAGCAUGACAGGCUCAUAGUAAGGAGUAUCAGAAGCAUAUUAAAAUAAAUAGAUCCUAAGUGAUCUAUAUAAGUCUUUUUUUAUAAUUUCUAUAAUAGUUUUUUUGACAUUUGAUGCAACAUUAGGCCAUUUAAUAAGUAUUUACCCCUGUUAACAAUGCACUGAUUAAUGUUUGCUGUAAAAGAUUGCUUUAUAGUUUUACAGCUAUUAAAUCUCAAUAAAUUCUUUACAAAAAUACUUCUUCCUCCAGGGGUUCUUUGAACUAUGAAGUUCUACUAUUAUGGCAUUAUUGACCCAAUACACCAAAGCACAGAUCACAUGACUUUUUUUUUAAGAACCCAUUAUUAUUUUUAUGUUUGUUUGUUGUUUUUUUCUAAUGUAAAUUUAUAUUUAUACAUAUAUAUACAUAUAUUUAUUUUAUAUGCAUAUUAUAUUCACAGUGUGAUUUACAAUGUUUGCAUAAUAUUUCAUAAGCUCUUUGAAAGAAAAGAAAGUUCUAAUUCAUACUUUAAUUAUUUUACAACCCAAUGACAGUCUUCAAUUUUAAAAUGCAUACAAUAAAAUUCUACGUUAAGUUUUUAUCAUAAAUAUUUAUUUUAACAUUGAAUUUUUUGGGGUUGCUCUUAAUGUUUUUUGUUAUUGUUUUUUAUUAAAACAUUAAAAAUUUAAUCUCAUUAAGUAUCUAUACCAGGAAGUUAUUGAGUCUAGAAAUAGCAUAUUAUCAAAAUAUUGAAAAAGACUAACUAAAUUUUGGAAUUUUAAUGUUACAAAUAUUUUAAUCCACGUAAUACAAUAUUAACAUAAAACACAAAAAAAAUACUGAAGGUCUAUUGUCAAUACUGUAUACCAUGCUGGUACACAAAACAGUGGGAAUAAUUUUUUAUUCUUUGUUUUAAAAAUUCAUUUAUUAAAUAGAAUUUGAAAUGAAAGACAAUGUUGCUGUUAUUUUAUUAAUUAUAAAGCUUAGCUUGCAGCACUUGAAAUUAGUAUUAAUUAAGCAAUCCUUUUAACCUUAUCAUGGCAUAAUAUUUCAUUGGUUUUAUUUACUUUUUUUCCACAUAGCUAACAUAAGUAAGCUUUUAAAAAGUCCACUAUUUCAAUAUACAUCAUGCCCUUAAGCUCUUUGACAUAAUUUAAAGCAAGAUUUUAAUUUGAAACUGAAUUAUUAAAAUACAACUAUACACAAUUUUAUUUAAUUGCAAUGAUGGCUCUGCAUGAUUACUCAAAACUAAAAGUCCAAAUAACAUAUUUUAUAUUAAAGUAGAUAUGAUAAGAGUAUAGAGUGCAUCUGAUUGCUCAUAUGCUGAAGUUGGUGCAUAAUAUUUGGUUAAAUAUUAGUUUAUUGGAGUGGUGUUUAAAUACAGUAGAGUUCUAUAGAAUAAAUUAUUAUUUUUUAACAACAUCUUUAUUAUAAUCAACAUUUCAAAUUUUAAGGUGACUUUAGUUUUGUUUGUUAAAUAUAUGUUCUAUGUGAUUAGGUUAAUACUCCUGACAUAAUUCUUUGCACAGUUGUCUAUUCUAAUUUCUGUGAAUGAAAUUUAUCAUUUUUGUUCAGUCUAUGAUUUAUCCAGUAUGUAAAGAGCCUAAUCACCAAUAACCCAUGUUCCAGUUCGAGCGAUACACAAAGGAUUUCAAUUAUUGAAUAUGAAUACCAGUACUGAGGUAUUCACUGCAUUGCUCUUAAUUUUGUUUGACCUGUAACUAUUUUCUCCACUUUUGUGUAAUCUUGGUCAUAACUGAUAUGAAAGAUGAUACCAGUGUAUUGUUCGUCUUAUGUGAUCUGAUAGAAGAUAGAACUGAGCUGGGAAUAUUCUUAAGGUCCAAUAUCACAAGUAAAUAAGUGAGUUGCAACUGUACACAUUUUUUUCAACCCCCUGAUUGUUGUAUUUAUGUGUAAUGUCUUAGCCAGUGCCCACCUCUUCUGCCUUGAAAAACAACAAAAAAUCACUAAACACAAUCUUUGCUUAUGCACACAAUCCUCAAUAUGCCAUACUUGCUUUCUUCCAGUAAUUUAUCUUCAUGUUGUGCUGAGUAGUCUGAGAGAUAUGUCCUUUCCAGUUUAUUGUUUCCUUUACUAUUAUUAUUGUAAUUAUUAUUUUACUUUUUUUUUCUAAAGGGGCAGAUGGUCAUAUGAUUAGACAAACAGUAUGUUUUUUUUGUUUUGUUUUUCUUUUGAGAGAAUAUACCAUUUCUAGGAAAUGACAACAUCAUUGAAGACUCAUGCUUCAUUGCUAAUACCAUACAAUUUCAUGUCUUUUAACAUAUUUCAACAUCUCUAUAUUAUUGUUGCCAUUCUCAAACAAAAAAACUGACAUUUUAAGGCAAUAGAUGUUUUACUGAGGUUCAUAUCAGUUCCUAAUUAAUUUUUUGUAACAGUUUUUGUUAGUGUACAAAAAAAAAUUUAAUUAAUACGCUUUUAAUGUUGAGGGUAAUGCUAUAAUGUUUGGAACACUAUAUAGAUCUAUCCACCUUAGGAGCAUACAAAGUCUCAAUUUGCAUGCUACAAAAGUUGUAGACGCACAAUUACUUUUUACUAUUAUUAUGGGGGUUUUUUUAGCAAAUAAUGAAAAAACAAUUAUUACCUAUAUUAAAUAUUUAAUUGUUUGAUUUUUUUAUAUAAAGUUUACAAUUUCAAUAAUUAGAAGUUAAUUAAAAUAUUCACUAUAAAAUAUUACUUUGUAAAUCAUAGAAAAUAAACUAAAAAGCAAACUUAGAUUGCUGUUUUAGCUGUCUUGUCAUGACCUACAUGUUUUGGACUCUAACAGUAUGCUAGGUCAUUCCCAGUCAACCUUUAAAGAUUUGUGUUAAGACAGAUACUCCCAGACUAUGGCUCACUGGUCUUAUUCAGAAGGUAACAUGCUGCUAGCAGGCUCCUUGAAACUACUGUUCACACUGUUAAAUGGAUCCAUAGAUUAAAGGAUGGGUUUCUUAGGACUAGUGAUGUGGGCCAUAAAGCAUGUGUCCAAAACUUGUAAGAUCAUAAUGCUGAAAAAAGUUUGCACGUCAUGGAAAUAAUAAUAAUUUUUUAUUCAAAAAGAAUCUGUCAACUAGAAAACUAUAGAAGACAAAAAAUUGAACUUAGAAAUUGAGUUUUCAAUUUAUUUGUUGUAAUAAUGAUUUUUUUUUUGGGGGUGGGGGGAGGAUUUAAUAAAAUAUUGAGAAAAAAAAAAACAAUUUGUAUAUCACAAUAAUCUAAAAUGAUAUUUUAAGCACAUAUAAAAAUACACACAUUGUCACAUGGGUCUAAUUUUUAAGUCAAAACCUUUCAUAAUCACAAGAGUUAGAUUUUACUUUUCGGUUAUUAAAUAUGCUUUGAUUUUUUUCCCCAUCUGUUAAAUUAAAGAAAAACAAUUUAUUUGCAGUGGUACUUUAAACUUUGUUUCAAUCUUUUGUUUGAACGAAUUUUAGUUAAUUUUUAUUUAUUUUAUAAACAUAAUACAAAUCAUCUUAUUAAAAAAAAAGAAGACAAAUCGCAAUGGUUGUGAUAGCAUAGCUUAUUAUGACAUUUGUAAUGUACACUACCUUGUGUCUGAUUGACAUCUAAUGGUUACACAAUAAAACUAAACUACCACUCAUAUGUGUUGUCAAGUGUUGGUCAGAGAGAAAAAGUCCUCUCUAUCCUUUGGUCAUCUCAUAUUUGUGAGUGGACAUUUAAAUUAGUAGUCAUCUAUGCUCACUGUACUUGAUGUUAACCAGUUGGUCUGCACUCAUUUCAUCAGGAACUUGUUGUGUACAAUUAUAUAUAUUGACUGGACUUUUUUUUUCAAUAAAUGCUCAUAAUUCUG